AUGGCAGGGGCUAUGUGGUCCUCUGAGCGAGGGAGAAGGCAGGCUUCCUUCAAGGAAAGCGGGGCAAACCACGCUCGGGUAGGCCCCCGCUGCCGCACUGGCUGCAAAACCUCCACAACGCCAAGGUUAAUCAGCACUACAUGCCGCAGCGGCAUAACUGCCAACGCUCGAAAACGCGAACCGGACUUGAUUGAUGAAUACGAUAACAAGGAAAAUGCAAGCAGCAAUUUGGCAUGCGCUGGAAACUCCACAUCAAGCGCCUCCAGCCGCAACCGCAGCAGCAGCAGCAGCAGCGGGAACAGGAACCUCUGCAGGCCGCUAAAGCUUCAACGAAGGCUCAGUAGCAGGGCACCGGCUGCACACAGCUCAUCAACUACGCAGCUUGCACAAUGCAAGAGAACAGAUGAUUCAGGGGGUGACUGUGGGGCCACUAGGGUGCACCGCGAGUUGCGAGGGCUCAUUCUUGAGACACCUUUGAAGAGCCGACGUAUGUCUGCGUACUUUCCGGACUGGAGCCUCAAUCAGAAGCUCGAUUUGCUGCUCAAGAUGGGAAUUGUAGCCACAACGAAAGUAAACGAAAGCGAGGAAGUGCACACUCUGAGCAUCUGCAGCCAGUUCGCAGAGGAGAAUCAUUUGGCGAUGCUGCAGGACAGCGACAGGGUCUCCUACUACAGAAAGGCGAUGCAAUGGACAGGAGAAGCGAAGAGCGGAGGCAAAAGGCUGGUAGAAGGCCGUCGGGUCCUUGAAAUAGGCACAGGCCCCAUAUGCUUGCUUUCCAUAAACGCAGUAAAUGCAGGCGCCAAGCACGUCGUCGCCCUAGAGGCCUCCCGGCCGUCUCACUGCCGGGCGAAAAAGUUCGUAGAGGCCAUCGGAAUGAGCCAUAAAAUCGAUAUUCUGCAUGGAUACUCAAAACGUAUUCCCGCUUCCCUCUUCAAGGAUCCAGAAGUUGUAAUACAUGAAAUCAUAGGCGACUUUGCGUCCCAAGAAGGGGUCGCGGAUGCGCUUCUCGACGUGCAGGAACGCACGGGCUCUAUUCCCUUGAGUAUUCCGUUUGGCGCAGAAACACUCAUUUGCCCUGCAAGCUUGCCGGAACCGGAGCAUUUCCUCUAUCCUGCUCACUCAUACGAAGGGCGAAGCAUAUUAUCUCCCCGUCGUAUUCUUCUGCAAUCUGUCCGGCUAAACACAAGCCACCUGCUACUCUGCGAGGAUUUUCAAGCAUUUGAAACGCUCAAAUUUCAAUGCCCUAUGAAGGAUCAGAUGGAACAAAGGAAGACGCUGAAGUUUGUCAUUAGCAGACCUGGUUGUAUGGCUGGCCUGCUCGCCGUAAUCAAAAUUGAAAUUUACCCGGGUAUGUUCUUUGGCACAUUCCGAAAUGGGGAGACGGACUCUUGGUAUACGUCAUUGGUGCUGCUGCCGGAGGAGGUGAAGGUGGAACCCGGGGAUACCAUUAGUGUUGAGUCUUGUGCAGAUAUGCGCAACUAUUCCAAAGUGUGCAGCGCCAAACAGCCGCAGAAAUCGGGUUCCAAGACGGAGUCGAGCUCUGUUCUCGUCUCCAAGCCCACGUAUUCAUUUACCGUCUCUGUUUAUAAGCCUUCUUUUAGCUUUCGGAGACCCUUUAAAAGUUUUCCGCCCAUUGUUGUUCCCUUCGAGGAACAGGCGCCCGUCCUGUGUGGCGCCACGCGCAGAGGGCUGCAAGUGUAG